CAACAUAUACACUGAUAUAUAUAUUUAUAUAUAAUAUAUUGAUAUAGAUAUGGCUUCCCGGUCCCAAUCCAAGCCAUCAUCAGCACCACCACCACCAUCACCGCGGUCAAAGAUGGAGGCUUUGGAUGUUCCCCUUCAUGAAAUUGGGUUCGAGGUUGAAGAGGUAACCCCAAAAAAGGUCUCCGGUCACCUCCAUGUCACCCAAAAGUGCUGUCAGCCUUUCAAGGUGUUGCAUGGAGGGGUAUCAGCUCUCAUAGCUGAGGCUCUGGCUAGCAUGGGAGCCUACCUGGCCUCUGGUUUACAAAGGGUGGCUGGGAUUCACCUCAGCAUCAACCAUUUGAAGCGUGCUGAGCUUGGUGACCAUAUCUUUGCUGAAGCCACGCCUGUCAAUCUUGGCAAAACCAUUCAGGUUUGGGAGGUGAGACUGUGGAAGAUUAAUCCUUCAAACUCAGACAUCAAAUCCUUAGUAUCAUCAUCAAGAGUUACUCUUUUAUGCAACAUGCCUGUGCCAGAGCAUCUAAAAGAUGUCGGUGAUGCUCUGAAGAAGUUUGCCAAAUUAUAAGUUUUGUUGUACCCUAUUCAUGUUCAACUCUUGUUGAUAUUGAACCAAUUCAGAAAUUAAAGACACUUUGAUUUUAGCAUUAUAAUUCAAACAAAAGAUGAGGUUGUCAAACAAGCUUGAAGUAAGCAUUUAUGCCAUGUUUUCAAUGUGUUCUGCACUAAACAGAAGGAACUGCCUGAGCCUAGCUUUGGCAUCAACGUGGUUCAAGGAAUGAGACACAUUCACAACC